AUUGUUUUGUCAAAUUUUUAAAUUUAUUGAUAUAAUUCUGUAGCGAAUAAAAAAAUUCUUUGAUCACUUGAAAAAAUCACUUUGUUUGUUGAUUUAAUCCUUCUGAUAUGGGAAAGAAUAAUAAAGUUUAUUUAUUACCUCCACGAGGUCGAAAUUCAUCAAAAUUAGCACCAAAAUAUACCUACGAAACAACCACCGAAAGAAUCGAUUCGAAUAGCGUUUUCACGCCUCCUGAUCAUGUAGAAUUGCCGGAAUUAUCGGAUGAAAAUGAACUUUUGUAUGAAAUGCAAACGAUUGUUAUAUUCGUUAUUGCUAUGUCAACGCAAUAUUUGAAUCUAUUUCGUACAUUCUGGUGGAUGCCCGAUACUUAUCGCCGCUAUGCAAUGAAUUUUCAUCUGAUCAAUCCAUAUGUGGUCGGAUUCUGUGUUACGACAAUCAUAAAAUCUUUUGUUUCACAUUUAUUUUUUAAGUUUCAAUUUUUUCUACCAUUAUCCAUACGUAUUUCGUACAUCUAUCUGAUCAAUGUAUUAAUUUGUUCAACAUUUUUCUACAUACAAACCUAUCUGCUAUUAAUAUUAUUUCAAACAUAUAGUUUUGUUGGUCUUUUAACAUUUUUGUGUCCAUUAUUAAUUUAUUCAAUUCUUUAUUCACCUAAUUUGAUUCGUACCUAUCAAUGGAUCAAAGAUUCCGAAACGACAAAUCUAGAUAUUUGUUUGCAAGCUGUACAUUUCAUGUUACAACCAACAUCAAUAUCCACCUGUUUUCCAACAUUUCAACAUACAUGUACAUCAAUAUCGCCAUUUUUGGUUCGCGAUGAAGUUGAAAAAUUGAAAAAUAUUUUCAAUGAUCGUCUUAAAUUUAUUAUUUUUCGUUCGAUCUAUGUAUCAUAUUAUGGUUCAUUUCUACCUUUAGCUAUUGUUCCUACACAACAUGAAUAUGAUACAUUCUGGACAGCUCAACAUAUCGCCGUAACUUGCAUGUGUACAUUUUUCAUGUUAACAUCACAUCUUUAUUCUCCACAAUUCUACGACAUACUUCACCGAUCAUCAUUACAUUUGGGUAAAUGGCAAAAACUUGAAUCGAGAAAUACUGUACUGCCAUGUCCAUCGUGGACAGAAUCUAUUAUUUAUGGACCGGGAAUCGUUGUCCGUCAUCUGAAGGAAUACUAUAAAUCAGAAGCAAAUAUGACUUGUGCCGAGCCGGGUAAUCAAUCUCAUUUCAGAUUUUAUAUUGUAUUCUCUGAUCCUUCUUGUGGUUUCCUAACCUUAUUGUCAUCAAUCAUUGGAGUUAUAAUUUUUCAAUUCAUCUUACUAUGUCGCAGCUAUGAAUGGUAUAAAUUAAUAUCGAUGUCAUUAUUAAUGUUGACCAAUUCGCUGGCAGUAUUUCGUUUAAUGCGAUCAUUUUGGAUUCUCAAAGAGAUUUACAAACAUGAAAGACAUUUUAUCGAUCCUAAAUCAGAAUGAACAAAAAAACUCAUACAAAAACCACUAUUAUUUAUAUAACCAAUCGUGUUAAAACACAUAUUUCUUUCUUUUUUGUUGAUAUUUACAUUUUGAUUUUUUUUUGUGUUACUCAUUCAA